AUGGUUCAAUUACCAAUGUUAGUUGUUAAUUUGAGCACACAAAUCGAUACUGUUCUUCAUUUACGUGCGUACGAUUCAUAUUCAUCAGCAACUAUUAAUCCACCAAGUAUUUAUUCUCGUUGGCAAUUCAUUCAAUCACAUCUCCAGUAUCAACAACAUGGUUAUGGUCAAUCGGAUGCUGAUUAUGGUGGUGCUCCACUACUUACGCCUCAAUGUACAUUGAAUGACGUUAUACCAACUGUUUAUACUUAUGAAGCACCCGCUGGAUGA